GGAAGGGAACAAAGAGAAGGGUGAUUUUGUGUGGCUUUACCGUCUUCUUCUCCCUGGCUCCGGCGUAACGGAAACCCUAGCUGUUCCCUUUCAUCGUAUCCGUGUAGGAUUUUGUGCGCCAUGGAGAGCUCCGAUGACGAAAAGGAUCACGUUAACGAGAAAUCCACAGGCAACGAAUCGACGCCUAUCUCUGCUAACGGUACAAAGUUUGUAGAUGAAGUUCUCAACGGUUCUAACGAGCGUUUUCUAGAGAAUUUCCGGAUGGAAAAACAUGUGUUUUAUAAACUGUGUGACAAGUUAAAAGCUAAAGGUCUCUUACGCCACACUAGCCGAAUAAAAGUUGAGGAACAAUUAGCCAUAUUUUUAUUCAUUAUCGGGCAUAACCUCCGUACUCGUGCAGUACAAGAGCUGUUUAGAUACUCGGGUGAAACCAUUAGUCGUCAUUUCAACAAUGUACUAAACGCAAUUAUUGCCGUAUCGUUAGACUUCUUUCAACCUCCAGGCUCCGAGAUUCCUCCAGAAAUCCGAGACGAUCCGAGAUUUUACCCGUAUUUCAUGGAUUGUGUGGGAGCUGUUAACGGCACACAUUUUCCUGUAAUAGUGGGUGUCGAUGAACAAGGACCUUUUCGUAAUAAAAACGGUGUUCUGUCACAAAGUGUUCUUGCUGCUUGUUCGUUUAAUAUGAAGUUUCAUUAUGUUUUAGCCGGUUGGGAAGGGUCAGCACCGGAUAUAAAAGUUCUAAAUUCGGCUCUUACAAGGAAAAACAACCUUAAAGUCCCUGAAGGUAAAUAUUUCCUUGUGGAUUUCAAAUAUGCGAACAUUCCGGGGUUUAUUGCUCCAUACAUAGGCGCUCCGUACAGGAUAAUUGAAAAUGAAAACGGGUUGCAACCGCAAGACGCUAAAGAGUUAUUCAAUCACCGUCACUCAUUGUUGCGAAGCAUCACUGACAGAGCAUUUGGAUCACUGAAAGAACGGUUUCCGAUACUGAUGUCCACACCUUCUUACCCUUUACCGACACAGGUGAAAUUGGUGGUAGCGGCAUGUGCUUUACAUAAUUACAUUCGUGAUGAGACGCCUGAUGAUAUUAUCUUUAAACCGUUUGAACAUGAAAAUUGUGUUUUGCAAUUGGAGGAACCGGUUGUACAGCCAAUUGAUUUUGAAAAACCGGUGAUGAUGAUGAUGCAUGCCGAUAAUCAAAUGAUGGAUGUAGAUGUACCCUUUGAUGCCCAACAAAUUGAACAGAGUUCACAAUUGCGUGACGCCAUUGCUACUGAGAUAUGGAAUGAUUAUAUUCAUGAUUUUCCAGUUACUGAAGUUUAAUAGCAUGAAAGUUUUCUGGACCGAAAUCGUUCUUAGGUUUUAGAUUGCACAUAUUUAGACUUUAUUAGAAGAGAAACAAUUACUAGUCAAUGUGAUUGACGAUUUUGGCGCCCAAAGUAAUGGUUUGAUCAAAUGAUAAGGAGAUUUUCUGUGAGUUGGGUAAAAAGAACUGGCUUGAUCUUGUUA